AGGGCUCUUAAGUCCUCCGCGAAGCACAGACCGCAUCAGACAGCAGCAGGGGCAGCCACGCGCACAGAGCAAGGUGGCUCCGGAGCCGGCAGGGCAUCUCUGCGGGGAGCAUGGAUGACGUGGAACCCACUGACUAUGAAUUCCCCCAAAUCCCCGGGCUCAGCAGCGCUGACGAGGACAACAGCAGGGAGGCGCACGCACGCUUCCUGCGCUUCCAAGAGGUCUUCCUGCCCUGCGUGUACGUGCUGGUGUUCGUGCUCGGCCUGUUGGGGAACGUGCUGGUGCUGGUGAUCUACAUCUUCUACCAGAAGGUGCGGAGUGUGACGGACAUCUUCCUGGUGAACCUGCCCCUGGCCGACCUGGUGUUCGUCUGCACGCUGCCCUUCUGGGCGUACGCAGGCUCCCACCAGUGGGUCUUCGGCGGGGCUAUGUGCAAGAUCCUGCACGGCAUCUACGCCACCAACUUCUACGUGUCCAUGCUCACGCUCACCUGCAUCACCAUAGACCGGUACCUCGUGGUGGUCCGGGCCACCAAGGCCUACAUCCAGGGGGCCACAUGUAUGGCCUGGGGCAAGGGCAUCUUGGGUGGCACCUGGGUGGUCUCCCUGGUGCUGUCCCUGCCACAGAUCAUCUAUGGCGAAGUCCACAACCUCGACAAGCUCGUGUGUGACUACCACCAAGACGAGAUUUUCAGGGUGGUCCUGGUCACCCAGAUGACUCUGGGCUUCUUCCUGCCCCUGGUCAUCAUGAUGCUCUGCUACCCGGCCAUCAUCCGCACCCUUCUGCUCAGCAGAGGCUUCCAGAAGCACAAAUCUCUGAAGAUCAUCAUCCUGGUGGUGGUUGUGUUCCUGCUGACCCAGACACCGUUCAGCCUGGUCAAGCUCAUCCGCAGCUCCAGAUGGGAGUACUACACCAGGACCAGCUUCAACUAUGCCGUCGUCGUGACCGAGGCCAUUUCCUACCUGCGCGUGUGCCUUAACCCCGUGCUCUACGCCUUUGUCGGCCUCAAAUUUCGCAAGAGCUUCUGGAAACUCAUGAAGGACACUGGCUGCCUCCCUAGCGCUGGAUUCUCCAGUGAACUGAAGUCUUCUGAGGACAACUCCAAGAGUUACUCUGCUUCGCACAAUGCAAAGCCCACCAGCACGUUCCAGCUGUAGGCCGGGUGGGUUUGGAGGACUUGCUGUGAGAUCCCGUGGCUGCGCCCCCUGGAGGAGACGGUGCGAAGGCUUUGUUUGUAGCCUGUGCAUUCCCUUGGAAAAGUCAAAUACUAUGGCUGGUGUGAAAGGAGCACAUCCUGUUCCUUUCGGGUGGCCAAACCAAGGGCUUUCUUCUUUUGAAACAGGGUCUUAAGUUGCUAAAUUUCCCAAGCUGGACUUGAACUUGUGACUCUCCACCUCCACCUCUCGGAACUCGGGGACUGCAGAUGUUCGCCAUGAUGCUUCCUGCUGCCUUAAUGCCCAGCCCUAAUGUUGCAGGGGGGCAAGUGUAAAUUUUUCAAGGUUUUUCCUUCCUCUGUCCUCAAGAAUACCCACAUCAACAUGGUGCCACGUGACACUUGAGUCUCAGGCCCUCCCUGGCUGGGACUGGGGUGGAGGGCUAAAGCUUGCAUGGCGGACAGAGCUGUGGAUGUGGGGCCCACACUGUCUCCUGAGGUCAGAAGGCUCCUCCUACUUGUGGGUCAGAGGUGGAGGUACGGCAGCCCUGACAGCCGUGACAGCUGACCGUGCUGUCAACCUGAGUGAGAAACACCCAGUGGGCUGGUUUUGCACGGCCCUGGACGCACCCGGAUGACGGACCUCCUGAAGGGGGAACGCCUGCCCCAGUGGGUGGAACCGAGCGACAGGCUUGCAGCCUGGGUGGAACGAAAAGGGAAAGAAGGAGGAAGGCUCGCGUCUGCUCCUUCGGGGGAGCUCCAGUAGUCACCCUCGCCUUUGGACGCUGUCUCCAGGCUUCCAGGGCAGACCCCUCGGCUUCCCAACGUGGACAUGCAGGGGCUCUGCGUGACCUCCGACAGAAUCCCCUGAUCUCCAGCGCACAGGCAACCACUGUGGGCCUACCUUGUAAACCCUCUUCAUAGCUUGUCUACAUAUUACAUCAAACUGCUCCUCUAGCGAACCCUCACUGUCAGGGCGGCUCUGACCUCAACCCCAGGCACUCAGGAAUGCUCUCUGGCAGGGAGCGGGAAGGAGCAAGGGCGGGGCUGUAAAUGGGCCCAAACCAGUUUGACCUGGCUGAGAACUGCAGUGGCAAAUGUGAAAAACACAGCUUAGGACUCCAACAAAUCGAAGCUGCAUUUCUAGAGCGGAUUCUUCGGUGGCUUUGCUCCUUUCAAGACAGAAUUACCCCACACCUGCCACACAGCACCUGUGCAAGUGUGCACACACGCACACAUACUCUCGCUCACACCUUGAGCAGCACAUGAACUUCAUGAAUAAGAAAUAAACCUACUUUUUAAAAGUCUCCAAACUGCUUUUACCUUUAGGGACGAAGUAUUUUCAGGUAGAAGACGGGAGAAAUGGUUACUUUUGGGUUCAGAGCAGGAGAUGAGUGGGGCUCUGGGCAGUGCGUGCAGCGCAUCAAGGCCGACAAUCUCGCCCUUCUCUGUGGGCUCCACCUUCUCCCCACAUGGGAGGCGUGCUCGCGCCUGACUUCCAUCGAGUCACCGGACGCCACCGUGCUUCCCCUUUGGACGUCUCAGUUGGCUGAGAGAUGCUUGUAGGGCUCAUGCAAGUCACCCACCCAGAGGCGGGCCGGUGACAUCGGAAGGCAGAAUACGCAGCAAGGCCAGGCACAGCUCGGGCGGCGGGAGGGCUGCACAGGUGGCAGACAUCAGGCUGCCUGCCUCCCUUCUUUUUGGUGAAAU